CCUCUUCGGUCAAGUUCCGCCAUUUCCCAAUACCUAGGAAGCAGAAACGAUCUCAACUUGCCUUCAACGGCCUCACCAUUUUGACUUGACAACAUUGACGAAUCAAAAACACAUCCAGACAAAGUCAGCACAUUACUGCAUAUUGCCAACAAGAUUUGAGGCCGCACUUCCAUCGUCAGACCCUCGUGUGUCUCCUCACUUUUACGAUUAUGGAAGACGACAAACAAUUGCCCCACGCCGACGAAGACACAGACGUCAAGACUCAAGGCGAUGACGAAACCGCAAUCUCAACAGACGCAACGUCUCAAGAACCCGAGCCACCCCAGGAAGAGUUACGCGGGUUUGCUGCAAGGUAUGCGUCUUAUCUCAAGUACCAAGAAGAGCAUCCGGAAUAUGACCUCGAGGCCGAGUACGAGCGCAUGAGAGAAGAGUCCACGGCAGCCUAUGUCAAACAACGCCAGGGUAAGGAGACCUACUUCUUCUACGGGACCCUGAUGGACCCUGCCAUCGCACAGAAAAUCCUCGGCCUGGAGGCGCCACCUGCCAUGCGGCCUGCGGUGCUCAGAAACCGCGGCCACCUCAAGAUGUGGGGGCCCUACCCUGCCUUCGUGGCUGACCAGCAGCCGAGGGUCGAGGUGAAGGGGAUGAUUUGCGAAGUUGAGGGGACCACGGCCAAGGACCGGCUCGCGGCGUACGAGGGCAACAAGUACGACGAGGUCGCGUGCUUGAUAAACCCCCUCAGUGACGAUGGUAGCCUUGAGAAGGGCAUCUACGGCUGGGUUUUCGAAUGGAUCGGCAGCGCGGAUGAUUUGAGCGAUGGCACAUUUGAUCUGGAGGUGUACAAAGCGGCCAAGGCAGAACUUGACGCUGCUGAGGCAUGAGUUAGAAACCCUAGCUAAGGUCUUAUAUCGGUCAUAUCAGUACAAACCUACGCCUCUGGGACGUGGGUGCAUCCAUUUUCCCUCUAGCUUGCUGCAUGACCGGCAUUCCAUGGAUCACACAGCAAGCACUGGCAAUCGCACUUGGUCGAUACUACGGCCGUCUUGUGAGA